AUGGCUGGCACAGUCCGACUGGCUUCUGUCACUCGAAGCACAAGCGUCAUGAGGCUGAGAGAAAGCCUGGAGUCUCUUCUAGCAAAAUGGAUGAUACUGCGCUCCAUCACAAUGAAAUUCGACAAGACUCCGCUUUUCGUCGCCCUGCGAGCCAGCACCAAGUGGUCCGAUACUGUAAUCACUGAAGCGCCGGAGCUUGAGACACCGGAUGAUCUUUGCGGUUUCACUCUUCCUGAAGUACACAAAAAGACUGUCCUUCCUCGAAACGGUGGACCAUUGGCACGUUUUGUCAUCGCCAACAUCAAAAGUACUCAGACUGCAGGGCUGGUGGUCUUGAUCCAUCAUGUCCUGGUCGAUGCUUUGUCCUUGGCAUCCCUCCGUGAAGAUCUCGAGCAACUGCUCGGAGGCACCGAAAUCGAGCCGCCCACGUCGUACAAAUUGUUCGCAGACAUGUUCUACCAGCACCAACAAUCGCUGCCUGCACAAGUCGGAGUGGAAUUUUACGCUACCCGAUUCCGCGGGGUGGGCUCGCUCCAAGACGCGGUGUGGCCUCCUCAGCGCUGUCCAGGCUGGCUGAUCGGCGACGACGCCGGAUGGCAGCCGCCACCCGGUUACAAGCAUUCCGGACGGAAGCAGAUCGACAAUGACGGCGGCCGCGCAGGACUCGCCGGCAUCCAACACCACACCAGGGUCGAGUAUCUCGCCAACCUCGUCCAGACCCACCACAUCUCCGAGCCCAUCGUGUUCAAAGCCGCCUGCGCUCUGGUCAACAUGCGGCACACCGGCCAAUCAGAGGCGUUCUUCAUGAACACGCAGGCCGGGCGCCAGUGGCCCUUCAUGAAUCCGGCCGUCGCGGAGUACCUGCCUAAUCCCGUCACCAUCGCUGGGAAUACCAUGGCGCUUGUUCCGAACCGCGUCAAAGUCGACCAAGACCAGACGGUCGGGGAUCUGCUCAGGCAGAUGGAGCAGGAGCAGCGCCUCCUCACCGAACACGCCCACGCGCCCGUCGCCUCGAUAAAGAGUCAGCUCGACUCAGAUGACCUGAGGAUCUUUGAGCAGGUGCAGCGGCAGGUCGUCAACUGGAGUCCGAACACGAGGGGAAUGGUGGCGAGAGAGGCCGAGGCCGAAUUACCGGUCGUGAACGCGGAAAUGUAUAUAGAUGUGAUCGUGAACUGGCACUGCGCCAUGCUUGAUGAGAAGACGGCGAGGGUGAUGGUGCAAUGGGAUGGGUGUCAGGUCGGGCAGGAGGAGGUGGAUAGCUGGGCGAGGGAGUUCAUCGUGGCGUUGGAGUGGCUAGCUGACCCCGCGCACUGGGACAGCACGAUCAAGGAGUCACCAUUGAACACUUCAGGAGCUAUCUAG